GGCUGGCUCGCCGCGUGGGGCGGGGUCGCGUUUGCCGCAGCAACAGGGUGCGGCCGGGUGAGCGGCGCGGGCGCAGGCCCAGCUUUCCGGAAGGCGGUGCGUCGGGACCGCUGCUCAGUCCCCAGAUCGGCUGCGCGCCCCAGCUGUUGCCGAGACCCCAGCCCGGCCGCAGCCAGCGUGCAGGGAGCUCUAACUAACCUGAGCCAUGUUUUUCACCUGUGGCCCAAAUGAGGCCAUGGUGGUCUCCGGUUUCUGCCGAAGCCCCCCAGUCAUGGUAGCUGGAGGGCGUGUUUUUGUUCUGCCCUGCAUCCAGCAAAUCCAGAGGAUCUCUCUCAACACACUGACCCUCAAUGUCAAGAGUGAAAAGGUUUACACUCGCCAUGGGGUCCCCAUCUCAGUCACUGGCAUUGCCCAGGUGAAAAUCCAGGGGCAGAACAAGGAGAUGUUGGCAGCUGCCUGCCAGAUGUUCCUGGGGAAGACAGAGGCUGAGAUUGCCCAUAUUGCACUGGAGACUCUGGAGGGCCACCAGAGGGCUAUCAUGGCCCACAUGACUGUGGAGGAAAUCUAUAAGGACAGGCAGAAAUUCUCAGAGCAAGUUUUCAAAGUGGCCUCCUCAGACCUGGUCAACAUGGGCAUCAGUGUGGUUAGCUAUACCCUGAAGGACAUUCAUGAUGAUCAGGAUUAUUUGCACUCUUUAGGGAAGGCUCGAACCGCUCAAGUCCAAAAAGAUGCCCGGAUUGGGGAAGCAGAAGCCAAAAGAGAUGCUGGGAUCCGGGAGGCCAAAGCCAAGCAGGAAAAGGUGUCUGCUCAGUACCUGAGUGAGAUCGAGAUGGCCAAAGCACAGAGAGACUAUGAGCUAAAGAAGGCUGCAUAUGACAUCGAGGUCAACACCCGCCGAGCACAGGCUGACUUGGCCUAUCAGCUUCAGGUGGCCAAGACUAAGCAGCAGAUCGAGGAGCAGAGGGUACAGGUGCAGGUGGUGGAGCGGGCCCAGCAGGUGGCAGUGCAGGAACAGGAGAUCGCCCGCCGAGAGAAGGAGCUGGAGGCCCGAGUUCGGAAGCCAGCCGAGGCUGAGCGCUACAAGCUGGAGCGCCUAGCUGAGGCAGAGAAGUCUCAACUGAUUAUGCAGGCUGAGGCAGAAGCUGAAUCUGUGAGGAUGCGUGGGGAGGCUGAGGCCUUUGCCAUAGGGGCUCGAGCCCGGGCCGAGGCUGAGCAGAUGGCCAAGAAAGCGGAAGCAUUCCAGCUGUACCAGGAGGCUGCUCAGCUGGACAUGCUGCUGGAGAAGCUGCCCCAGGUAGCAGAGGAGAUCAGUGGUCCCUUGACCUCUGCCAAAAAGAUCACACUGGUGUCCAGUGGAGGCGGGGCCAUGGGGGCGGCCAAAGUGACGGGGGAAGUACUGGACAUACUGAGCCGCUUGCCAGAGAGCGUGGAAAGACUCACAGGCGUCAGCAUCUCCCAGGUUAACCACAAGCCUUUGCGAACAGCUUGAGCCGUCAACCUUCGCUGAUGCCUAGCCUCAUGGCUCAAGUUGCCAGAAUGGUUCCCAUACUGCAUGUACAACUGGCUUCCCUGAGCAUGUCCUUUUGACAUUGGGGUCCCACCCCUCAUCUCCUUGCCAAAUUGCCUGUGCCUUGCCUUGAAGGGGAAUGGUCACUCCCCUUGCCAACCCUACACUGCCAAGAGUAUCGGUCCCCCAGGAUUCCCAUGCCAGUCUUCUGAUUAUCCUACUCACCCAGCUUAUUUAACUUCCUAAUUACACUGUGUGAGCCUAAUUACACUGUCUAGAAUUUUCCUGACCCAAACUUGAGGGAUGGCCUGGAGGUUCGCAACUUUGUCAAAUCAAUUGUUGUUAAGAAGCACUAACACUAGAGUGUCUGGGUGGCUCAGUCAGUUAAGCAUUCGACUUCAGCUCAGGUCAUGAUCUUGCGGUUUGUGGAUUCAAGCCCUGCAUUGGGUUCUGUGUUGACAGCUUGGAGCCUGGAGCCUGCUGUGAAUUCUGUAUCUCCCUGUCUCUCUGCCCCUCCCCUGCUCACACUCUCUCAAAAAUAAAAAAAAAAAAUUACAAAUUACAAAUACUGAUGAACAAUUAAUAAAGCAGAAUUCAUUCAAAAUGAA